CCCCCCACUGAUAUAUGUCAAUGCUAUAAUAUCAAAUGCUGUGACAUUUAACACAUAUGGUGACAAAAAAAAAAAGAUAACUAAAGCAAGAGCAGCAUUAUUAAAACAACAAUAUCAACUGCAAAAUUUAUAUAAUUUUUCUCAAAACUUUUAUCUUCGCAUAAACUGUGGCCUCACACACUGUGGGCACCUUUGCUAACAACCUUCACAUUUCACUAGUGCUAAUUCUAGCUUCCCUCUAACUUCUAGCUCAACUGCAAUGUUUUGAACGUCAGGGCAUGUGCAAGUGAAAAUUAGUUUGUGAUGACCAUGUGGAUCUGUUUCUUCGCCUUAAUAAUAGGGAGAGGAGGGCAAUAUAAUUGCCUUGAGAACUAUUAAGCAGAAGAAGCAUGGUGGAUGAGGAGGAGUGGCCAGGAUAAAACAUUUCAGGAGUUCAAUGUGGUAAGGAUACAGGAGUAAUAUGAUUAACUUCACAAGAAUAUGAGGCCAUUAUAACACUAAGGGAAACAGACUGGCCCAUCACAAUGAAUUUUCAAAUAUUGUAACUGAUCUAGAACACCUUGCACGGCUGCUGUAAUUAGGAAAAAAAAUGUAGCAUUGCCUUAAAAAGACAGCUUUUUUGUUUGUUUACUCUGCUAUGCCACUGCAUGUACACAUUAUUACUAUUACUUUUUUUUUCUUUUGGAACAGAAAGUCACCAUAUGCCUGGAGGUUUUAGAUCACCUUCUUGGUGUGCUCCCGAUAUAUGAACAGUUCGAAAACAUUAACAUUGUUGCUUGGUUUAUUGCCCAAGUAGACCGGCACGUAACGACUGACUAAGGGAGCAGGCGUGUGAAUAUGCACACCCUGUAUCCAAUCAACCCCUAUAUCAAUCAAUUUUGUACAAUUAGACCUCCAUAUAUUGAACUUUAAUGUAACAAACCGUUUUACAUUGCAGAACUUAUUUGGUGUGCAUAUAGAAAUCUUCAAGUUAUUGAAUUCUGUUUAACUGCAAUUUCAAUUUACUGAAAUCAUAAAUUCUUCUAAAAUUUAAAUGAGGAUAUGUGUUGCAUUUGAACUGUAAAUUCUAUGGACGUACAAGCGCUUUCCGGGAGUAAAGCUUCACGAUUUCCUUCCCAAGUUUAUUCGACUUCAGGACAAAAUUUUGCAGCAAAGUUAUAAAACGACCACAGGUGACAAGCAGCUGAAUGCGAGGUAUCUGGUACAGACCGACGGGGGAAAACUUACAAAUCACAAUAGCACACAUUCAGGCGAGUAUGUAAACAGGCGAACUAAGCAGGGAACAAAAACAACACAGCACUGCUUUCAUAGGUCCCGAAUGAUCAGAGUUUUGUCAGAGUUGGUGCAAGCACGCAUCCGCAGAUAAAACGGGCUCCCACCGUGCAUUGCCCAAUACUUCGAGAGCUGACGCCUACACGACCACCGGGGUAGGUUAUAGCACUUGUUUCUGCUCCGAUUGUAUAGUGUUCGAAUGAUGUCGCGACAACGCAAGUACUUGCAAUAGGGGCGACGACCUUCCACAACUCCAGAACAUCACAAAAGAGCGUUUGCACAUGUACUAACCAGCCAAACAAACUAACCACGGCAGUGAAGACCACUUAAAUCGAAAAUACAACGCAGAAACACCUCGUAAAGGUUUCACCAUAGAGAAAGGUUACACCCUGUUUCACAGUCGCUCACAAGAAAUCCAAGAAAUGUCCAAAGCGCACUACCGCUGCCUUUUAAAAAUCCAACGGGAGCCAAGCCAAAUCAGUAUUAGUUGGCUAUUUGGGUGAACGCAACGCACCCGUUCGAACCACCGGGUACGCGCAACGCCGGCCGAACUAGUGCAGAAAGUGCAGCCAAAUCGCUCCUCUGUAGUACCUAGGCAGAGUCAAGGAGCCAAAGCCUCCAGAUUUUCUCUCUCGCGCCGAUGAACGUCUCAUGGCACGAUGUUUCGUGGUAAUCACCAUCACGCGGCGGCGUAUCUGGUCUGUUGCGGUGGCAGCGGGAGAGUGACUUUGGUCGCAGUGUUUUUAUCAAGUGCAGAACUUUUGAAAGAAAUCUCACGCCAUCGUCGCGCUUCCCGGAGCCUAUUCCAUUACUAGUUCCAGUUGGCCAACUUCUCGUGCUACCGCAACGCAUCUGGAACAAACGUGAGAGUACUUCUCGGAGUUGUGCACGAUUACCUGUUCUUUUGCCUACACUUCAUUGCAGGACCAACCGCGUAUAACGUGGUCUCGAAAUUUCGGCUAGCGCGAAACGGUUGUCGCAGUCUUGCAGCGAUCGCAGGAUCAUCUAUUCGUACCUGCGAUGAGCUCUUCCGCAGUUCCUAUGCGCUGCCCCUAGUUGAAACAGUAGAAACCAGUGCUGUGAAUGUUGGCUCGUUGGUCAUUUUGAUGGCGAAGCUGUAUGUGUAUAGGUUCUGGAAAAAAUUGCGUGCCUGUAUCGAGUCGUGUAGAUCGCGAAUUUCUCCCCAUGCGUGGGCCGAUACCGAAGAUAGUGCCAUACCGGGCCGACCCGCGGCGGAGGUGAAGCAGGCUUUAAGGACUCCGUCAACCUGGAAAAAUAAGUUUAAUGCGUCCAAUUACAACCCGUAUCGGAUAUUAAGCUGACGAGAACUCAUAUUACGCUUUGACCCGCGUCGGCCAUGUCUACGUUCGCACCGCCCUCUCUUUGCCGGCGUUCCAAGCGCUUGCGUAUCACCUUCCGCUCUCCCGUGGUGGUGGUCCCGUAAACCAGUGACUCCGCUGCCUAAGCGUGCUGCCCGCCAGGACCGCGAGGCGGAAAGGAAUACGAACCGUCCAUGUGGCCCCGAUCCCGCAAGCAUAGAACGUUUCACCGGAGCAACGGACAGGUUUCGGAGCGAGUUUUUGGGGAAUCACUUUUGUGCGGCCUGUGUUGUGUGUGACUGCUCGUGGUUUUCGAGUGACCUCGCAACCAUUACUGCGCUGCCGGGCGUCAAACAACGGACGAUCUCGUUGGCUACGGUGAAGCGGUCUGUGCCCUCGGAGUGCGGUGAGGUGCGCGUCUGUUCUACGUGCCGGGAUUCGUUAGUAAAAGGUGUGGUGCCGCGUUUUGCAACAAUACGUGGGUAUGUAUACCCCCUGGUGCCUCAUCAUCUUCCGAGACUCAAUAUUCUGGAGGAGCGACUAGUGGUGCCUCGCCUUCCAUUUAUGUGGAUACGGUGUUUGAUGCACGGCAAUGGACACUUCACCAUGAAGGGGUCCACAUACGCAGCUUUGCUGGUCAUUAAACUUCACAGAGUGGAAUCGCACUGAAUUUUUUUUCUUCACCUUUAUCAGAUGCCUAUAAGCUGUGUGUCUCAACUUGGUGUCACAGGAUGGUUCUCCAAUAGUGCCGAGCAGUGGUCAUGCAUACCGCUAGAUUUCUUUCCCUUGCUCACUGCUUCAUUCUGCUGACUACUCUAGCUGAAGUGGUUCACAAAUGCGAUGAGCCUAGCUGAUGGCAUCACUGCCAAAAUGGCAUGCCACACCCCUUCCAAGGUCGUCGGUCAGGUCGAGGUUGGCAUGCAGUGCAACUUGCCUCUGGCUGACAAGUCUGUUGGGUGCUGCUUCAAAGCAUGGAGCGAGUCUAGGAGCGUGCAGACUACGGAGACUGUGGAGCAGUUAACCUCCACCUCAGCAUCGAGGCCUUCUAUUUCUCCAUCAACUGCCAAAUGUGACAACUCAAAGCAAGGAUACCUCCACCAAUCUCAAUUAUGUGACUACGAGACUCAUAAACUAUCUCAUCUGGAAACGCUUGCCAUCAUCCAUACUGCUGAGAAGCCAUUUCAGUGCCCUUCAUGCCUUCAGAGCUUCUCACAACAGGCUGACCUGAAAGAGCACCUGCGCACCCACACAGGCAAGAAGCCAUUUCAGUGCCCUUCAUGCUCUCGGAGCUUCUUACAAAAGACCCACCUGAAAGAGCACUUGCGCACCCACACAGGCGAGAAGCCAUUUGAGUGCCUUUCAUGCUCUCGAAGCUUCUCACGAAAGACCCACCUGAAAAGCCACCUUCGCACUCACACAGGUGAGAAGCCAUUUCAAUGCCCUUCGUGCCUUCAGAGCUUCUCACAAAAGGCAAAGCUGAAAUCCCACCUGCGCACCCACACAGGCGAGAAGCCAUAUCAGUGCCCUUCAUGCUCUCGGAGCUUCUCAGAAAAGGGCAACCUUAUGAAACACCUGUACACCCAUACAGGUGAGAAGCCAUUUCAGUGCCCUUUAUGUUCUCAGAGCUUCACACGAAAGAUCCACCUGAAAAGCCACCUUCGCACUCACACAGGUGAGAAACCAUUUCAGUGCCCUUCAUGCCUUCAGAGUUUCUCACAAAAGGCCAUCCUGAAAUCCCACCUGCGUACCCACACUGGCGAGAAGCCAUAUCAGUGCCCUUCAUGCUCUCGGAGCUUCUCACAAAAGGGCAACCUUAUGAAACACCUGCGCACACACGCAGACGAGAAGCCAUUUCAAUGUACUUUGUGUGUUCGGAGUUUCCCGUUGAAGAGGUCCUUGAAGAUACAUCAGCGCGUUCAUCCAGGUGACCGGCCAUACAGUUGCACCAUCUGCUCCAAGUCCUUUAUGCAGUCUGAUCACUUGACCAAACAUAAGAGAGCACAGCACCCUGAUACUGUAGGGUAGGUCAACAAUCAUGUUGAAAUAGAGUCGAAUUACUAAUCUACAGACGUGUACAAUGCUGCAUAGUGUUCUACUGCAUCAGAUAGCACAAGUGUCGACAUGUGCUCUUAAAGGGACCUUGAAACGCUUUUAUUGGGUCACCAUAUUUACUCUAGAUCUUUUUUCAGCAUGUCAUAGGACAUUGAGCAAAGUAAAUUAUGAAAAGUGACCCACACAAAGCCAUUAUAGCCGAUAAAAAGCUAAAAAUUUCGCUAAGCCUUAAUAUAAUGAAGAUCCAAUCAGCAAUUUGCUUUGUUAUAUCGUGACAUUUUAUUACUCGAAAAAUAUUCAAUAUUUGUUUCAAUCUCAACAAUUUUUGUUUGCAUGCCCCUACAAAGUAUGUAUGUUCAUUGCAAUAGUACUUAUUAUUAGACUACAGAUGUCUGAAUGAUCUGCUUUCUGAGUUCUGCAUUUUUUUUUCACUAUAGUCUUUUGGAACAUAUGAACUUGUUCUAUUAGACCUAUUCAUGCAUUUGUUUCCUCUAAGCUCUGUUAUACAUGGUUCAUCCUAGAGACUUUUGUGUAUUAUUCUAUUUGCUCCUUCUUUUACGGAUGGGUACUUUUUUUCAGCAAUUGAUGGUUCAGCAAGUAGGCUAACUACUGUCUGUUUCAUCAUAACACCAAAUAAAUGACUGUGUUUUGUGAGUA